ACCACAGUUACUGUACUGUAUACUGUACCAUCAAUUCAAUCAGUCCCUACCUACCUACCUACCAUAUUGCACUACUAUCGAGUUACUAUCAAUUCAAUUGCCUACCUACCAUAGCAAAGCCGACAAUGGAGGACAAGGACAAACCCUCCCCGAAGCGAGUCUCGUUCGAGGAACCCGCCCACUCGUCCGGGAGUGACGAGGACCGGUAUCCAGUCGAGGUUGUCUUUGAUGAAUCGAACCCAUACCGCCGCAAGAGCUCCCUCGUCGCGAGCGAUGCUGUCCCCCCACACCUCCGCCGGGCACCACCACCGGUACACCAGAAGACGGAAUGUCUCGUCCACCAGUUCCUAGCCAACCAGCAGAAGGCCAAGACCCAUCUUCCAACACGCCACCGACACGACCACCACCAUCACCAAGAUCACCACGACCAACACCACGAACAUGAUAUCAGCCACGAAGCCGGACCGAGUCGUGCUGUCGACCCCAAGAACGGCCAUGCUGACGGCAAGACUGCCGAGAAGGAUUUUGGGAACGACAACACAACAGGCAAGAUACAGCAGCAACAACAGCAGCAGCAGCAGCAGAAGCAGCAAGAAAGAACGGAGGAAGAAGAAGAUGUGUGCGAGGAACCACCCAACCGCCCCUGCGCCACCAUCCUCCGCGACUCACACCACCCGCACCGCUUCUCCGACGAGGAGGCGUCCGACAACGCCGACAGCGCCGCAAGCAACACAUCCGGCAGCAGCGGCAGCAACAGCAACAGCAACAGCAGCGGCGGCGGCGGCGGCCGAGUCGGGCAGGCCGACGAGAAGCAAUGGCGGCGGUCGAUGGUCGGGCCCCCUACCACCACCACCGCCACCACUACUACUACCACCACAGCACCACGCACACCAGCACAACAACAGCUAGACCGGCGUUCGGCAUCAUCGACGACGACGACGACCGCCGCCGCCGCCGCCGAUGACGCGCCCAACUCGCGGCUGCUGACCAAGAAGCAGCUGAGCGAGAUGGCGUGGGGCGUGCGGGAGCUGAGCCGCCGCCUGGGCGCCAUGCGCCUCAAGUUCCGCGUGCGCACCAUCUUCCUGCUGACCAAGAUCUACGACCCGGAGCUGAUCGGCAAGACGCGCGAGCUGUGCCGCUGGCUGCUGGACCGGGAAAGGGAUGUGAGGUAUACGGUGUAUGUGGAUCGGGAGUUGAAAGAGAAUAAGAGGUUUGAUGUCGCCGGGUUGGUGGAGGAGGUUAGGCGGGAUUAUGUCGUGUCCGGGGAGGUUAGUGAGGAGGCGAGUUGGGAUGUCGCGAAGAGGUUGCGCUUUUGGACUGAGGAGAUGUGUAGGGCCCGGCCGCAUACGUUUGACUUUGUCAUUACCCUGGGCGGGGAUGGGACGGUGCUGUACGCCAGCUGGCUGUUUCAGCGGAUUGUUCCGCCCGUGUUGAGCUUUGCGCUCGGGAGUCUGGGUUUUCUGACUAAGUUCGAUUUUGAGGACUACCGGAAGACCCUGACGAACGGGUUUAGCGAGGGUAUCACGGUUAGUUUGAGGUUGCGGUUUGAGGCGACCGUCAUGCGCAGCCGGAAGACGGGGUCGAGGUUGAAAGAGGACGGGGAGCAUGCGGAGAAUGAGCUGGAUGGGGAUCAUGAUGGGCCACCGCGGGACCUGGUGGAGGAGUUGAUCGGGGAGGAGAAGGACGACGAGCACACCCAUCGACCGGAUGGGACGUACGAGGUGCUGAACGAAGUGGUGGUCGACCGCGGGCCAAAUCCAACCAUGUCCAACGUCGACAUCUUCGGCGACGACGAGCACUUCACCUCCGUCUCGGCCGACGGCAUCUGCGUCAGCACACCGACCGGCUCCACCGCCUACAACCUCGCCGCGGGCGGGUCGCUCUGCCACCCAGAGAACCCGGUCAUGCUGGUGACGGCCAUCUGCGCGCACACGCUCUCGUUCCGGCCCGUCAUCCUGCCCGACACCAUCGUGCUGCGCAUCGGCGUGCCGUACGACGCGCGCGCGAGCUCGUGGGCGAGCUUCGACGGCCGCGAGCGCCUCGAGCUGACCCCCGGCGACUACGUCACCGUCAGCGCGAGCAGGUACCCCUUCGCCUGCGUCCAGCCCCACGGCCGCCGCAGCGAGGACUGGAUCAACAGCAUCAGCGCCAAGCUGGGCUGGAACACCCGCCAGCGGCAGAAGGCGUACAAGGAGUGGGAGAAGUAGGGCUUCUCUGGCCGGGGGGUUGUUGAGGAGUUGUCGCAGUGCAGCGCGGACGAGGUCGGGCCGUCGGGGACGCCUUCGUCUGCUGAGCUAGAUGGGUCAGAUUCGGAGGGUCGGCAUGAUGACCUGGUUGCGGUGAGGGAGAUGUUGGCGAUCGUUGGUUUGGAUCAUGCAUCAUGUAGAGAGUAGGGGGCUGACGUGUAAUUGUUAGACUAUACACACUUUUCGCUCGGCCCUGAAAGCCGUGCCAGAAGUCCGCCCUGGUGGCCCUAGAUAUCGCGAC